UGGUGGAAUGUGCCUAAUCAUCUCCGUUUAUCUCCAUUUUUAUUGCGAUACAACAUUCGGCAAAAUUGGCUGCAGGCCGUGAUCCCUUGCCCGUGCCUGCCCAUUUGCUCCUCCUCGCUCUUCCCCUUCUUCAAUUAAUCCAAGUUUUUCUAAUAAUAGUGAUCAUUUGUUCAUUCUCUUUCGAUUCAUGUGUUUAUUGACUUCAUUCUUUCCAAUGUUAACCGCUGAUAUUUUGAUUUCUGCAAUCAAGUUGAUUCAUCCGAUUGCUCUUUUGAUUCUUACUAUUAAUUUGUUCAUUGUUUCUACCAUUCAUCGUUCUCCUUCUUCGCCAUGGAGAAACCAAUCAACUUCUGCUCGCGCGCAGAGGAGCAAUCUAGAUUCUUACUGUCCUCAUCCACGAAGCAGACGAUUCCUAUCUCAAAAUUGGGUUUCUUCUACCUCCGCCUCCUUAGCGGUGGCACUGGCGAAAGACAACAACAGCAGCUGAUAUGCCUUAGGUCGGACCGCCUUUACACCAUCGGACGGAAGAGAAGGCAUUGCCAAAUAGUAUUCGAUCACAGUUGUAUUAGCCGGCGUCAUUGUCAGAUCUUCCUAGAUGGUGUUGAAAGAAGUCUUAGAUUGGUAGACGGGUUCUUUCUUUCCCGCGAUUCUGAUCUCCGAGAGAUAAGGCGGAGGCUCCGGUCCGAAUGCCAGGAUUUAGGCUGUAGGGUUUCUCUGAAUGGCAUAUUCGUAAAUCGGAGAAAACUCCACGGAGGCGCAGUUGCAGAGUUGUCAGAGGGAGACGAGGUUGUAUUUAGCUGUGGCAGAUUAAGAUCGGCCGCUCGUUGUGUGACGAAGUACGGGUUCGUGGUGGAGCGCAUUAUUCUCUCAGAUUUUGCCGGAACCUUAGAUGUUAGUGGACAAUCCGUAACCAGAGCAGAUCACCUUCAAAACCUAUGCCAACGGAUUCUAAGAAGCGGCGAUCCUAUAAGUUAUAUUCGCUGUUCUCUAGAGGUGAAUGUUGGAACGAUUAGCUCGGUACUUGGAGUUAGAGAUUAUGGCUCAGCUGCAUCAUUUCGGAAUUUGGGUUCACAGGAUCAGUCCAAACGGAAUAAUGAAACAGCUAAUAAUACUCCACACGUCACUGAUGAAAAUAAUUUAGCAGUAAAUGAUGCCGAGAAAGCAGAAACUGGACCUUCCAGUCUACAGCGAGGAAUGGACAUUGGCGGCAGUUUGUCCAAUGGCCAGACUUUCUUUUUGAAUAGACUGAAUUUUUUGGCUAAUGACACUUCAUAUCAGCAUACUGAAGUUACUUUAAUGGAGCUUUUUGAUCCUGUUGAAAGCCUUGUUCAAGUUUUUAUUGCAACUUUUACUUGCGAUGUUUCUUGGUUUCUGUCGUGCUGUCAAAUACCCAAGCAUCUACCCGUAACGAUUGCUUUUCAUAGUGCUGAAAAGUGCUGGAGUUCUAGCUGCCAUGACAGGACAACAGCUCCUUUUUCAGACUAUCCAAAUUUAUUGUUGGUGUAUCCUCUAUUUCCUGAUGAGAUAGCAUUUGGUAAAGACCGUAGUAAAAAAGGUGUGGCAUGCCAUCAUCCUAAACUGAUUGUUUUGCAGAGGGAAGACAGUGUUCGAGUCAUUGUUACAUCAGCUAACUUGGUUUCUAAACAGGACUUUCUUGCUUUACUCUGGCAGUGGAAUCAUAUCACAAAUACAGUUUGGUGGCAAGACUUUCCUCGUAGAGAUGCUCCUGAUUAUUCACCUCUUUUUGCUACAAUCAAAGAUCUGAAAUCUGAUUUUGCCGCUCAGUUAGUUGGUUUUGUAGCAUCUCUUAUCACUGAUGUUCCUAGCCAAGCACAUUGGAUCAAUGAUUUGGCCGGAUAUGACUUUGGAGGCGCUGCUGCUUAUCUAAUUGCUUCCAUACCUGGAAUGCAGGCACUAUAUACCAAUUCUUCCGGAAUUGAUUUCUUCCAACCUCUUGAGCACGUUGUGCUUUCAAAACAUUCAACUUCUAAAAGAUAUCUUGGUUCCGUUCAAACAUCCGUAGUAGGUAUAAGCCAUAGAUUUCAUAAUGCAAUUGAUUCAAGAGGUGAACAACUAAAGAAGCUGGCUUCAUUGCUUGGGAAGUUUAAAGAAAGUUCAUCCGGACUAGUUGAGGUUGUCUUGAAGAGAAACCACAAUAUUCCUGCAGAUGCUAAUGCUGUUAGUGUUCUUGUUUCCAACGCUAAUCAAGUGUCUAAUGGAGACUCUGUCCAACUUGGUUUUCUUCCUAGAGAUAUUGCAAAGUGGGCAGCUCCCCUUGGUGAUCAUGGGUUUUUAGAAUUUUCUGCAUUUGUAUGUCCUAAGGAUGCCCUUGCAGUUGCACUAGAUGGAAAUAAUACAAAAGUGCAUUGCUUACUAUUGAUAGCACAGGGGCCAAAGUUUUCUGAAAUAUCAGGAUUACUUCAACCUGAGCACUUCCCUGCUUUUUGCUCAUUUAUAGCAUCCAUCCAACGGUGCCUUGGUCUUUGGCGUCUAAAAGAGGUUUUGUCUCAGCACAGAUGGCCACAGUUUUCAGAAACAGAUUUUGUGUAUGCUUCUUCUUCUGUUGGAACGUCAAUGAAUCCACAAUUUCUAGCAGCAUUUUCAGCCGCUGCUGGGAAAAAGUCAUUUCAGUUAUCCGAGUCUGAAGAAUCUGACCCAGAGUGGGGAUGCUGGAGCACUGAACAUGAAUUAAGGAGUCCUUCAAUAAGGAUUUUAUUUCCAACAAUUGAAAGAGUGAAAAGUAGUGCUCAUGGUAUUCAGCUUUCAAAAUUCUUGCUUUCCUUCUCAGAGGUAGUAGCCUUGAAAAGCUGCAUUUUGCAUUAAAGAUAAUAAAAAAUAAAAAAAGUGCGUUUAUACCGCUAUACCAAUGAAAUAUGUGACCUAUCAUCUAUUUGCUGCUAGCAAUUAAACAUCACCUUUCCUACUAGAAGUUAUAGGAGACUAUAAGUAUUAAUUCUGCUGACACUCGAACAACUUUACUGUACCGUAAACCUAGUUCAUAAUCGACAAGUUGCUUGUCCUAUCUUUUUUCUGCUGUA